ACCUCCCAUGAAAGUGGUGAGUCCAGUAUGACUGGAGCCACGACCGUGGAGGGGGAGGGGGACUUCCCCUGCAGAAUCUGUGGCAAGGUGUUUCACAAAGUGAAGAGCAGAUCUGCUCACAUGAAGACUCACCGCAAGGUUGACAGGGAGGAGGAGAAGACUGAGAAGAUACUCGUGUCUGAAGCUAGCAAAGUGUCAGUUCUCCCCAUGUCCAACCACAUGAACACAUCUGAAGAGGACCUACAAGAUGCAUUUGAAUAAACGAUAAUUGCCUUUACUACAUUUUACCAUGGACAUACAUGUACGUGUAUCAGUGUGUACAAAAGACGCGAACAGUCCCCAUCCUCCUGUACAUGGGGAAUUUUACAGGUGUAGUGUUUUUAACCAGAAGUUUUAUUUUAUAGUGGUAUGUAAUAACGUAUAUUGUAAUGUCAUGAUUGAUCACUAUCAUUCCAAUAUACAUGUAUGUUUAAAUGAACUAAGCUAUUACACUAUUUACACUAUUUAUGUCUUUUUAAACAAGUCACAAAAUAGCUGUAGACUGAUUUUGCUUUGAUAUUUAAUGCUGCAGCAAAACCUGUAUUUGUUCACUGUAAUGUUGUAAUUCCUUUUUUACCCACUAGGUGAAACCUGUUUAUCGUUAGAUAACUAGACAUCAGCAGUGAGGAUGCUGCAGAAAGAGGGAAGGCCUUGUUUGAACAGUUUGUAUGCAAGCUUAAAAAUAUGCACUUGGCUGAUUAAUUUUGCAUAGCAUUUCUGUACAUAAAAAAUGGAUUGCAAAAAAAAUUGAUUUGAACCGAAAGCUUCCCAUUGACAGGAAGCUGAGGUAUUUAAGAAUUUUUAUAUCAUCAACGAAGAUUUGGUCAGAACAUGUUUAGAUUGGUCUUGUCAGUUUCCAUGCUUGUGAAUAUAUCCAGAACAUUGUGUGCACAAAGGAUUUAACAUCCUAGCAACCUGGGGAUACCAUGGAUGUAGGGAAUUAAUCUUUUUCUUUGGAACAAAUGACUUGUUUUUGUGUCUUAUACAUUGACAAGUAUGAGAUGGAAGGUUUCAGAUCACACCAGGCUACAACAACCAACCGACAAUCUACAAGACAGAGUGUAAGCUGGUGAGGUCUAACACCUUAAGAAAGGUAAUCAUUGGGUUAAAGUGAGGUUGUCGGCAUUUCCAACAACUGUAGAAUUUGUUGACAUUCACAAACAUGUACAAUUCACUGUCAACAAAGAUAUGUCAACUUUUUUGCACUACACACCAACAAUUCUCAUG